UCAAAAAGUCUACUCUCGGCUGUCGUCAAACUGUCAUUCAUUUCGCUCAUCAAAUCAACUUUCCGUGUCUUGGAAAUAAAUUAUAAAAAUAAUUCAAGGCAAAAUGAGGAUAUCUGCAGUUCGCCUUUCCAAAUUAGCUCCCACUCUUAAGGAACUCCGGAUCCAUCUCUGCCAGACUGGAGAGACAUCCAAGGGUGCUAGGGAAUUCGUUCAGAAGUUUUAUCCCAACCUUAAAAAAGAUAACCCCGAGCUACCGAUUUUGAUUCGUGAAUGUGAAGGAGUCCAACCUCGUUUAUGGGCACGAUAUGCUUUGGGCAAGGAAACAUCUGUACCAUUGACAAAUCAAUCAGCUCAGGACAUCUUCAAGCAAGUCGAAGCCGUCGGAAAGUAGUGAAAUUUAAGAUGAAGAACGAAGAAAAUAAAAACAAAUAUUGAAAUUAAUUUCAGAAAAUAUA